AUAUGACAAAAGGUUUUGGCAUAAUGAACAAAUAUUACGAGCAAACUUACCUUCAAAUUAUAAAGCCUUAUGUGCCAGUUCUACACACGCUGAUUCAUUUGUAAGAAAUACGCCAAGCAGUUCUGGAUAUUUUUUUUCGCUCGCAGAUUAAUCUGAGAAUUUUGAAAAUACUAUGUUGAAAUUUGUCUUUUACCUGUGCAUUUCCACACUUAUUUUUCGUGAGUGUAGUGGAUUUUGGUUUGAUCUUUUUAAUUUUGACAAUGAAAAAAGUACAACGGAUUCAUCAAGUGAAAACUGUUUCGAUGAACUGGUGGACUGGAUUUCAAAAUGUUUCUUUGGAUUAGAUUCUAAAACCGGUAAGCCGAAUUCUAAACCACCUGUUCAAAAUCUGACAACCCCUGGACAAAUUAAUCCCGAUUUGGGAACAAAAAAUUCGUCAGUAACUGAGAAACCGAUUUCUGCAUCAAAUGCUAGCCCAGAUACUAAUUCAGUAAAACCAGCUCUAUCAGCAGUGACUCAAAGUGCAUCAAUUUCUUCAGCCACUGACAAAGAUGAUAAUACUAAGAUCAAAAAUCCACCAGCAUUGUCUCAAAAUACAGUCAAAAAAGAUGAUAAUACUCAGAUUCAAAAUCCAACAUCAUUGUCUCAAAAUUCACUAAAAAAAGAUGAUAAAAAUGAGAUGCAAAAUCCAGCAGCAUUGAUACAAGAUUCAACCAAAAAAGAGAAUAUUGCUGAGACCCCAAAUUCACCAGAAUUGUCUCAAAAUUCAGAUAAAAAAGAUGAUAAUAGUCAGAUUCAAAAUCCAACAGAACUGCCUGCAAAUUCACCAAAAAAAGAGGAAAACACCCCUAGUGAAGAAACUAACGCGGGUACGACGUAAGCGAAAUAAAGGUCCACUCCGGAACAUAAAUUUAAUUCAGAAUGUAUUACCACGUAUUUGUUAAAGAUAUUUUUUAGUUUAUGAGAAUAUAUUCAUAGAUAUAACUCUAAGUCUACUAUUUGCUUAUAGUUUAGAAUAUUUAUAUUUGUAGUCGUUUUUGUAUAUACUGCUGACACUGCGACUUUGAGCCUUCGA